AAAGAACAAAGAUCAUUACAAUUUUAUGACAGCCUUUACCCGAUGAUCUUGAUUUGCCAGUCUUGUAAUGUAACACAGCACAAAUACUUCAUUACUGCACUUGAAUAACAUUUGAGUAAAAUGUUGCAGACGAUUGUGACUUUGAUUGCAUUAUAUUUCCCAAUGAAAACGAUUUUAACGCCGAUGCAUUUCCCUAAACCAUCUUUGUUACCCGGGACUCCUAAAUAAAUCCAAAUAAAUUGGUCUUUGCCUGAACAGUGAAAGAACAGUCCUGGCAACAGAUGCUGACCAAAACAACCAUCGUGGUGAACGAAUAGAAUAUUAGAAACGCGUGGAAGGAGAUUUUUUUUUUUUUUCGUCAUGCACUAGCGUGAAAGAUUCUUUCUUUAGGAUCAAGUGCUUCUUACGUCUACCUAAAGUGUCAGGAAUUUGGGUAUUUUAAAUCUCCCCGUCCAACAGGGUAGGUUAAAUUCAUUUCGAUUACUCCAGUAAAGUCAAUAUUCUUCGAGUUAUUGUGAGCUUCUUAAACUAAAUCAAAAAUAAAUAAAAACAUAAUUCAGAGUCAAACCUGUCACUUUAAGCAAAUUCUUUGACUCUUACCAUAAUUCCAGUCAUAGAAACAGAAACAGUACAAAAAUCAGGUGAGUUUUAUCAAAUCUAUUUUCUGUCACGAACUCCAGUAUACCUUUGAGGGACUUUCUACAUAUAUUUGCACACAGCUGCUGUAUGUUAUUUGUUGUGAGGUCAAGCGUUCAUCCUUUUACAUAAUCACAGGCCUACGCAAAUCCUGUGAGCGCACAAAAAAAAAAAACUGCUCAGCAUCUUUAAAGCCCAUCCAAAGAGUGCAACGUAGGACUGAAAAGAUGACCGCGAUAGUGCAAGUAUGUGCCUACCUCCUGCUCCUGCAGACAUUGUCCACCAUUUUGGGAAAGUACGUCUAUGUGAGCGAGAGAAUGACAUGGAACGACGCUCAGAGCUACUGCCGUGAGUUUUACACCGAUCUGGCUCCGGCUGUUAACGAUGAGGAACUCAGGAAAUUACGUGAAAUCAGCAACUAUGCGUUUAGUUUCUGGACCGGACUGGUGAAGGGUGACACUGACCAAAACAAAUGGAUGUGGUCAGGGGGUGGCGAGGCAUCUGCAAUUCUCUGGGGAAUUGGGCAGCCAGAUGAUCAGACAAACGAAGACGCCGGCCUGAUGGUGAACUACAGGAUUUAUAAUGCAAACCGACUCCAUCUGCAUCCCUUUUUUUGCUUUGAUGCCAUUGUUGUGAGGGAGAGAGCGAGCUGGGAGGAAGCUUUGGAGCACUGCAGGGAGAUACACAGCGACUUGGCCAGCGUGACAUCACAGACAGACAUGCUGUUGAUCCAGGCAGAGCUGGACAAGAGCCCCUUUACUGAGCAUGUCUGGGUGGGUCUGCGUUUCUUCCCAGGGGGCUGGCGCUGGACGGACAAGGAGCAGUUGACAUACGAGGUCUGGACUGGUGCUGAGAGGCCUUUGUGUCCAGCAGCAAGACACAACUGUGGCACCUUAAAAGUGAUGGGAUGGAUGCCAAGUGACGAUAUCGACACCAGUGAUAUUUUGGGAACCAAUGAUACGCUAGUUGGCGUCAGUUUGGGAAGAACUGACUUUUGGCAAGAAUCAGAGUGGGAAGUUCAUGACUGUGAGCAGAGGCUUUAUUUUGUUUGCUAUUGAAAUUGCUGAUUAAUAAGUACGGUAGUCAAAAGCUUAUUAGUUCAUUUAUUAGUUCUUUUCAACUUUCAGUUGUUGGAGAGAGUAUCUCCAAGCAGAAUGGUUAUUUAUUUACUUUUCGGCUGUUUUAUUAUUUCCUGCCAAUGUGUGUGUCCAUGUUUGAAUUGUGUCAUGUAAACUUUUCAUAAAAGUUCUUCAAUACUAAUAACAACACGAUAUUUGCUGCUUGUCUCUUUUCCGCACAAGGAUGGAGAAGAAAUGAAUGUACAGUAGUCUUCGACGACAGGAUUAAAGUUUGAUGUUUGAGGGAAAU